AUGUCUAGAAGCAGCCACCACCGUACUCACCACAGGGCUGUCGUCACCAAGAUCCGAGUCACGGUCGGCGUCGGCCAUCGCGUACGCCGGCACCGGCUCACGGUUCUUCACCCGAAUUUUGGCGGUUUUCGAAAGCACGAGAACGAUAACACGGCACGUGCCCAAAGGCCCACUCGCGGUUCGUGCACGUUCGAUAUACGCGUGUGUCACCGCGGCGCGCACGGAAUGGUAUGGCGUGGUGUGCUCUCGCCCCCCUCUACGGCAUGGCCCCGCCUAAAGGCGUCCCGCGUCGUGGCGAAUCGAGCCGCGCUCUAUCAAAUUGAUACACCGCGCUCCGCCUCUCGCGCAUAUUGUUUUUAUUCGAAAUAUAAAAUAAUCGAACGCGCUAUUGUCGUGUAA